AUGACGCAAAAGCUUCUUCUCGCAGAGGGUCUCGACCUCCUACGCCGCACAGAGGCCCGGGAGUACGAGGUGGACCGCAGCCAGGCCCGUAUUUGCUCGAGCAACAAGUACCGUCAUGAGCUUUCUCGCCUCGUUCAGGCGUACGGCACCGUCUACCAGGACUACCUGCGCGGGGUGGAGAUUAUCAACUACGUGCGUCGCACCGCCUUGAGCAAGAAUGACCCAAAGGAGGAGAAACUUAUUGAGAUGUGUGAGGGAAAAAUGAGGGCCUACAUGGACCGCUGCGAACUGGUGCGAAGGAAGGAGGACAACAUUCUGCUCCCACUUGACCAAAUGAAUCAAAACUUGAUGAGCGGGGAGUUUGUCUUGGGGUCCCCGUUGUUUGUGCUUAGCGGUGCCCAGUUCUCCAUCAAGCAUAGUGCGCCAUUCCUUCGCGAGGAAAAGCUGAGCGAUGGCUCAUACCUUUUUGUUGUGAAGAAUUUAGAUGCUUACAGCGUGGCGGCGCCUGAGCUUGGCGUGACAAUCGACAUUGUCCCGCAACGGGGACAGCAGCAGCGACUAGAGAAGGUGAUUCCGUGCCAGUGCGGGUGGCGACGCGUCAUCGGGGUCGUGGCCUCGGCGACCGUCAACGUGUUGGUCCGCUCCAAAGGUUUACUGCGGGACUCGCACGUGGAUGUGGCGCUCUAUCGUCUGGAGCCCAAGAGUGUAACCCCCGCUGAGAUGCAGCCUCCAGGCUUGAUAUCGGACCAACUUAUCGCGCAGCUGCCUAAGCUCACGGAUGAAGAACUGGCUGCGCUCGUGAUUCCAAGUAUUCCCACAGACGCAUUAGCGCCAAAGGCCCACCAGGGCGCAAACUCAAGUAAUGCGGGAAAUGCCAUGGAACAGCUUCAGUCGCUUAGCGUGCCUUAUUCCCAGCCCAGCAUGCCGUUUUCAACGAUGGUACCGGAGCCUAUUGAGGUAAACCCUGCGAACAUGACUUGUGCGGCACGCUUGCAACGACUGAGAAAUACGCUGAAUGCGUGGCCCAAUUCAAACGUCAUGGCAACUUCAUUGGGAAGAGAAUCACAAGUUGUUGUGCAGACCAUAUCUGCGUUGCCGUUCCCUACCGAGCUCUCUGAUCACUGA